GGCCCGCCAGUUGCGGUUCUUCGGCGUUUGAUUACAGGUACAUGGAAGAAUAAGGAACAAUGUCUGUUCACCCGCCAAAACGGAAAGAAAUCUACAAAUAUUCUGCACCAUGGACUUUAUACAGCAUGAACUGGUCGGUUAGACCUGACAAACGAUUUCGGCUUGCUGUUGGAAGUUUUGUGGAGGAAUAUAACAACAAAGUCCAGAUAGUACAAUUAGAUGAGGACACAUCAGAGUUUGUCGUCCGAUCUACGUUUGAUCAUCCGUACCCUACUACCAAAAUAAUGUGGAUACCAGACAGUAAAGGUAUAUAUCCAGACCUCUUGGCAACCAGUGGAGAUUAUCUUCGAGUCUGGCAGCAGGGCACUGAUGGUGAUACGAGAAUGGCUUGUCUUUUAAAUAAUAAUAAAAACUCAGACUUCUGUGCACCUCUGACCUCAUUUGAUUGGAAUGAGGUUGAGCCAAAUUUAAUAGGAACCUCAUCUAUUGAUACAACUUGCACAAUAUGGGGACUAGAGACUGGUCAAAUGCUUGGCCGGGUCAAUGUAGUGUCAGGACAUGUUAAGACUCAGCUGAUAGCCCACGACAAGGAAGUGUUCGACAUUGCCUUCUCCCGGGCAGGAGGUGGAAGAGAUAUGUUUGCCUCAGUUGGUGCCGAUGGCUCAGUCAGAAUGUUCGAUUUACGUCAUUUGGAGCAUUCCACAAUCAUCUACGAAGACCCAGCACACACUCCUCUCUUGAGGUUGGCAUGGAAUAAGCAGGACCCUAACUAUUUGGCUACUGUUGCAAUGGACGCUUGUGAGGUGAUCAUCCUUGAUGUACGUGUUCCGUGCACUCCAGUAGCCAGACUGAAUAAUCACCGAGCAUGUGUCAAUGGGAUUGCAUGGGCGCCUCAUUCUUCAGUCCAUAUUUGUACUGCUGGUGAUGAUCAUCAGGCUCUCAUAUGGGACGUGCAGCAGAUGCCACGAGCAAUUGAAGACCCAAUAUUAGCAUACACAGCAGCUGAGGGAGAGAUCAACCAAAUUCAGUGGGGAGCCACACAACCAGACUGGAUUGCCAUCUGUUACAACAAGUGUCUUGAGAUUCUCAGAGUAGGUGUGGGCAGACUCUCCUCUGGACAUCCUGUUAGACAUCCCAUGAGAUUUCCACCCUAUUGAAGAGAAAAGAAGGCAGGGGACGAAAGAUAUGUGUACCUGUAGGAGCCAAGAGCAAGCAGGCGAAUACGACAUACAAUUAAAGGGAACAUUAUCUGUGAUCUCAGUAGGCUGACAGUUGUGACCCUGGCUAGGUUACACUGGAAUUGCAGACUGCAUGAUGUGUCGUCACGCCUCAGUUGGAGAGUGUCUGAUCACAUCUCUUCAAAUAUAAAAGUUUGAGGUUGGCAAGGUGUAGACCCUUCAGUCGCAUAGCUUUGCGGGCAAGCGUUCAAACACAUUGUGGCCAGAUUUUUACUGUACUUUAUUUUGUAUUUCUUUAGCAUUUGGGAUGCAACACACCUCAUUAUUGCAAAUUUUCAUACCCAGUGUUCUUCUAUAUCUGUAGGGAGAAGGGACUGCCAUGUCCAAGAAGGAUAGAAUAUUUUUAGUAAAAUUAUGUCCAUAGGCAUACUUGAACUUUACUUGGAAUGCAUUUCAUAUUUCCCAGCAUUUGCUUAUGAAUGGGACAGACAGGAAUUGAUCACAUGAAAGAAAAGGAAAAUAGUCUGUCACAGGAAUCAAUAGGUACUCUGCAAAGAAUAUCAUCAAAGCUUUUUCUUAUAAUAAUGAUCGAUAAUAUUCUAAAGAAGGAAUUGUUAACCAUUUCAUUGUAAUACAAGGCACUACGUGCUCUUUUUAUAGUUUUGUAUGUUUUUACUGUUUGUUUCUCUAUUUAGGAAGUGGAUAUGAGUUUACCAAAUGAGGGCAUGGGUGAUACCUGCCCUAUUAAAAUUAAAAGACAUGUAUUUAUGAGUCUUAAUUUUAUGUCCUUGGUAAUAUUUUACAUUGAGUUUCGUAAGUGGAGAAAUGAAUAGUUGAAAGAGACACAGAAAAGAAUUCCUGUGCUGCAAUACUGUUUAAUGAAAUAACAAUGUUUAUAAUAGCUUUAGAUGUUCCAUGAACCAGCUAAUUAUGAAAAGUUUCUGUGGAGUAAAUAAACUAAAUAUUUCAAUAAAGCCCUGUAAUCCUUGUCAUAAAUAUUUGUUGUUCUGACACUGAAAAUUGAUUGAGUAUUGGUCAAAUAUAUGUGAACAUUAUAGAUGAAAAAUUGCCAUUGGCUCUGCAUGAAACUCAAAAAAAAAAAAAAAAAAAAAAAGCAAAAAAACUAAGUUGACUACCAAGUCCAUCGCAAUUCAUAAUCAAAACAUCAAGUAAUCCAUGAUAAAUUUUUCAUCUUUUUACAGUUCACAUUUCUUGGUCAAGUACUACUGAAUGAGAAGCUUGUAUUCAUUAAUUAUUCAUAAGAAUCAUUCAGUGAAUAUUUCCUGAAACAUUACUGAAUUCUGAAAUUUUAAACAAAACAGUCUUGGUACUUGAUAUGUAUAUAUAAUUUUGUAUCAAGGAUAUGUAGACAUUGAAUAUAGGAGGAACAAUUGUCAUGACUGCAAACGUUUAAUCAAUUUUGAGCAUCUUUGUUGCAAUAGUUAUUUUAGAACAAAAUAAAUUUCAAUUUCCAGCAUUGUUGUUAAAGAAAAUAAAUAAUGGCUUGACUUGAAAAUGGAUAUAUAAUUGUUGCAAAAUGUAUUCCAUUUUUUCCUUAAAAUAAAUAUUUGCCUUUUUGCAAAGACCUUUUUACCAUUAGAAGUAUUUAUGCUUCGAAUAAUAUCAGAACUUUGGCGAAUUACAUGAAUGUCUACAUAUAUAUAUUAAAGAUAUUGGUAAUCUUUAAUAGUUUUUUUUUUUUUCUGUAAACUUGGGCAUAUAUCAACAGUUCAAUCAGCUUUACCAUUCAGUGAGAAAGCAGGUGCAAAACCCUAACAAGAUAUAAAUUGUACUAUGUGGUAUUUUCAGUACAGCCUACCUAAUUAUUCAAAUGUAAUUUACAAUGUAGAGGUUCAGUACUCAAAUUCUGAAGUAACAAUUACUUUAAAAUGCAAAUGGCGUAGACAACAAAUUCUUAGACGGGUUCUUGAAAGCAAUGUUGUAAAGAUAUGCUGUUUGUUUGUACUACAUUUCAGGCAUCUAAGGGUGAAACGAGUAACAAUGUAUUUUUUUUUUUUUCUACUUUACAAAGUGUGAUCUUUAUCAACAGAAUGAGAGUAAAUUUUUAAAUUUAAACAUCUGUAUAUAACUUUACAAUGUAACAUGUCCUUUGUUUUGAAAACUGCUUAAGUACUUUUCCUAUCUAGUAAACUGCAAUUUAUAAAUGCAAACUUCCAAAACCGUGGUCCUAGAGAAAACAUGAUCUUCGCAUUAUUUGGAGGCCACAACAGUUCAAAUCUCAGGUCUAGUAAUGUACUGAUUUGCCCACUGGUAUAUUGGUGGUAUGUAGCAUAUCCACAGGUUUUCUGUAUUACUAUGGUUUGAUUGUUUUCCAACUGAUCUAUUUAUUAAUUAGGGGUUGUAGUGUGAUGUUAGCGCGGUCGGUGUGUUAUCGGUAAGCAAGGGUCACUGAAGUAGAAUUUACUGAAGGAAAACAUCAUCGUCCAGUCUGAAUUCGUGCUAAUGUGUGUAUUAUCAUGUUAUUGUAGUGGAAUUACCAGUGCAUGAUGUCUCACUCAUUGUCCCUUUGAUGUUUUCAGGGUAAAAAAAAAUAUUAACUUAGGGUAUCUUACCUCAAGGAAUUUUUGUUUUCCAAACCUACAAACUAUAUAGCACUAAAUAAUAGCGGAAUAAUGUUCUUACGUAACAAUUAGCUCGAAACCUUACGUUGCUAAACUGAAUGAAAGUUCACCUUGUGCAUUGUAUCUUUUGAGAGAGAGUGGAUGAAUGUCUGAAUCUGAUGGCUUUUACCAGUGAAAUUUUGUAGGAUUACUUUGUAGUUGCAUGGCACCUUAGUAAUCCCUAUGAUCCGUAUUUUGUCCUCUUGAUAAAUUUUGUACAUGUUUUGUUUUGAUACUGGGGAAGUUUGGAAAGUGGUGUGGGCAUUAUUUAUAUGACUAUAUGGAAGUCGUGCACAGUUAUGUUUGAACCACUACGUUUUGAGUUUGCUUUUCAGCCUCACUGUUGUACAAACCUCAUUACAAAAUCAUCAUUUUUGUAUUUUAAGUUUGAUUUUAUUUCUCAUACAUUGAGAUUCUUAAUUUUAGAUAUAAGGAUUGUACAAUAAAAAAUUUUUAUAUGAAA